GGCAGACAUGCAGAGAGCUGAGUGCAGCAGCGACUGACGAGCUAUUGGAAAAUAUAGCACGACGAAACAAAAUAACAGGACUCAUGAAAACAUCCUUUCGUUUCAGUAAAAUCUUUUACUUCAGGCGGUGAACAGUCACAUGAGGAACUAAAUCAUUGCUGCAGACGUCAGGAUCAAGAACUAUGGAGGAUUUCAGCCUGGUCAGAUGUGACAGCCUAGAUACUGGAUCAGAGCGUUACAGGGAGGUGAUGACACCGAUCAACCACCUGACCCUUGACCCCGAGGGCUCUGACCCCACGUCAAACCUCGAGCCUUCACCAGCAGAACUGGCUCAGUGUGAAGCUGAGGUGGGCACGCUGCUCAACAUCAUCGCUGAACUGAACAAGAAGAUGGGCUCAUUAAAGGCACCGAGUGAACCAGGAGAUCUUAGACCACCAGGACCAUCGAGGCCUCUGGUCCCAGACCUGCUGUCCCACCGGCUGGCGAGAAGCAGCCCAGAGAGGAACACAGCCUCUGUCGCCACAUCCAAACCGUCACUGACCAGCCGAGGGGGUGGUGGUGUAAUGUGGACUAAACUCCAGGAGGUUUUAUCAUCAGUGGAGGACUCGAUCAGCUGUAAAAGGUCCUGGGCCGCCCCGAUCACAGCUUCUGACCAGGAUAAACACCAAGAGCACCUGCGAGCAGCUCAGGAGAGCUGGGUUAAGGCCACUCAGAUAUUGGAGGACAUGGAACGAGAGUUUGGGAUUAAAUGCCCAUCAGGCCAGCUGAAGGACCAGUCUCAGGAGGACAGCCUGGAUCUGGAGAAGUGUGAUUCUGCCGUCAGAGGCAGCAUGGAGGAGCCAAGCACCAUCAGCCAGCUGGAGGAGGAGAAGAACAAGCUGGUUGGUCUCCAUAAAUCCUGGAUGUCUGGCAGUCGCUCUCCCUCCUAUCGGUCCACGUCCGGAGCUCUCAGUCCAGACUGGGCCUCCCCUCCUUUCCCUGGCUCACCUUUGCUCCACAGGAGAACAGCCAGAGCUGUAACACCUCUGCCUGUGGGUGUGGAUGGUUCCCCUCUGGGGUCUGUUAACUCAUGCAGUCCUUGUCCCAGCCCCAUCAGCCUGGAGUCUGAGACAGAGCGACUGAACAGGUGCAUUGAAAGGCUGCGGGCCAAAAACGAACGUCUGACUGCAGCUCUGGAGCGAAGGAAGGGAGAGUCCGAACAGAUCAGCCUCACACUGAGCAGACUCGAGGCUGACUGCUCUGCUCUUCAGAUGGCUCUCAGAUACUGCGAGGAGUGCGAGGAGGCCUACAGCGAGCUGCUGUCACUUUAUGACGCCAAGAAGCAGCAAAGCAUUCCUCUGCAGACAGACUCAGCAGAGGCAGCCGGUGACAGGCAGCAGCCCGACAGUCCAUCAGCCCCGCUCAGGAACAUGGGAGCUGAGGAGCUGUCCACCUCCUUCUCAACAGCAGGGGUCACAGAGGAGACGGAAAGACACAGUCACCAGGGCCAGAGGACACCUGAGCCGGUGGAGCGAGAGGCUGUUCUCCGUCAGAAAAUCAAGCGCCUGAAGAGUGACCGGGCGGCCCUUUGUCUACCUAAGCAGAGCACAGGAGCCGAGGGCAGAAUGAGCCCAGAAACUGGUCAGCAGGCCGGAUCAAGAGGAGGACAUGUGACAAAAGAUAACACCAAACCUUCAGAUACCAAGAAAGAGAAAGCCUCCCUCUUCUAUGAACUCAUCUCUGUCAGGGAGGAGAUGUCGGAUCUGAGAGCUCUAAUCCGCCUCAAGGAGAAGGAGCUGCGGUGUCUGGAGUGGAGUUUAAUGGCCCAGAAGGCCCAGGAGGCGGCUGGAGCUUUCGUUCCAGAAAGCCUCAGAGAAGAGCUGGAGGACUGUAAGACCGAACAACAGAGGCUUUGUGAAAGUGCAGCUAAACUGGGUGCUGAUGGCGACAUCGCCCGGACCCGACCCAUCCUGAAGGAGCUGCAGGCCGUCCUGCAGAGGGAACAAGCUCUGAAGAAGCGACUGGCUUUAGUCCAAGACUCACUAAACACAGCUGUGACGGACAACAGCCCACACAGGAGGGACGGGGAGCAGAUUGCUCGGCUCACGCAAGCUCACAGUAAAGCCUUGAGCUCGUACCGGCAGAUUCGCAGGAAGUAUCGAGAGCAGGUGUGGCGGCUGGAGCAGAAAGUGGCAGCCAUGACGGAGAGUCACCACCAACAGAGCGGUGCACCGAAAGCUGCAGGGGAAGCAUCAGAGUGGAGGAGGGAAGAGACUGUCCUGUGAUACUUCAGCCAGAGAGUCACUCAAAUACAUCCACAUCAACUGCAACGUCCUGCCCAAUUCAGCUCACCCAUGCCGUGUGAUAUUUUUAAAAGUGAUUUAUGAAGUUAUUGCAGCAAACAGAAGUCCUCAUAACACAGCAGCACAGCUGGUUGGUCUUUUUAUUAAGAUGUGUUUAGAAGUCAUAUCUUAACCUAGUUUUCUAUCCUUGUAAAGAGACAUGAACCUUUUCAUCCAUUUGUUCUGUCAGGAUUUACAGAUAUCUGUUCAGGCAUCAUUUACUCUUGAAAGGUAAAUAUAGAGUAUGUAGGGCAGUCAAACAUGUAAAUCACUCACAGUUCUGUAUUUCUAACCCUUGUGAGAGGCACCAAUAAACUGGAUUCCGGAGCUUAA